UUCACAUUUAUGGGGUUACCACACCAGCCACGUCCACGCACGCCCGCCGGUCGCCGGGUGACAGAAUAGUCGGUACCGCCGAGUGUCUGAGGCACACACGCGACUGCCAGUGAUGAUUGCGCCGCACGUGUAGUUUAUGGAUUAGAAAUUUCAAGCCGUUAAAUUUCAAGAUGGCGCCUGCGGGAAAGUUUAGCGAUCCAGGCGCGGUGGCCGUAAGCGCGGUUCUCAUUCUGCUAAGUGUUUCGGCACAUAGCGAGCGUCAGUGCAUGUGGUGCGGCCCCCUGGCGGAGCAAGUGCACCGCAGCCAGCGCGCGCCGCCCUGCGACCGUCCGGAGCAGACCAGCUGCGACGCGGGCCUGCCUCACUGCGCCAUCGUCGCCACCUCACCACCAUACGUGGAGUCAAGAGUCUGCGUAAAGUAUUACCAAGACGAAUGCUACUCAAUCUUUUGCAAUUCCACAAGAACUUGGCGCAUGACAUGCCCGUGCCGCGGUGACCUUUGUAAUAAAGAAAAAACUGAGAGAGAAUAUGACGCCUUCGCAUUUUUAGCUGUCCUUGGAUCUAAGACGCAACACCUACGAUUAAGAAAACGAACAGUUACACUCGCAAAGUUUAUUUCUCAAAGUACUAAUAGAACAACUAUAGUUAACAAUGAGAAUAAGGACGGCAACGCGAAUGAUGAAGUUGAUAAAAGUUUGCAGACUGACAAAAAUAAUAUGACUGAUAUCAGUAACAACGACAUGACUUCUGAAACUCAUAUAAAAGAUUCAGACGAUUUACAUAAUGAAAAUGACGGUGACAAUGCUAACAACAAUCACAACGAAAUUAAUAAUGAAAAUAGCACUACAGGUAUAAUGAAGGAUGACAAAAAUGAAGUUACAAGUCCCCCAAACGUUAUAAUAACCAGCACUAUACCUGCUGUCACCGAAAGUUCUAUUGGUACACCACAAAGAGAUCCUAUCGCGGAACCCACAACAAUGGAACCACCUCGUAAAGACAUCAAUAUGGAUAUUGUAAAUAACAUUGAUCAUGUUGAAUUAUCAGCUACAGAAAAGUCUAUAGACAAAAUUUCAAUGAAAACUGAUAUCAAGCCCAGCAUGGAAAUGCCUACAGCAGAAGCCCUCCAACAAAAUUCCAGCCCAUCAGAUGCUACUCCAAAAACUCAAACAAUAGUUGAAGAGAUACCACAAACUACCGUUAUUAUGACUACAAGAGGAAACGUUCAUGUGACGGUAACUCCAGAAACUAUGAAGACGAAAAAAAAUAAUUCAAUUAUAAUAAGAUUACACAAUUUACUAGCAUUGUUUUGGAUAUUGUUAUUCUUCGUGUAGAUUUAAGGACACACGUUUCACGGUAUAUUACGGCGCGUUAGAAUUCACAUUGACGAUUUUUUGUUUUGUGCGUUUGUAUCAAUAUUGUUGAGUGAAUAAAUGAUGUCAAACUAAAAAUAAGUUAGCAAUUUUGUGGCUAAUAUGUAUAAGUACCAUACUGAAAUUCGUUAACGCAGAAUUCGAACGCUACGUAAGAAUUAGAACUGUACGAACGACCUUUUAAACACUGAUCUCUAGUAGCUUUUCUUUAUGAAUGAAAUGAAAUUACAUCUUAUACUUACUCACAUUUGUAGUGUUCAUAAUUGUGAUAUUAGAAUUAGAAAGGUGUAAAUAAACACUUGACUUGAAUAUAUAUCUUUUACUUAUCAAUCAAAAGUAAAGUCAUAAUGUCUAGGUAUUUUUUUUGUAUUUGACUUGACUUCCAAGCUUUUUGCGCCCUGCGCGUAAGCCUCUCUGAUAUCAGAUUUGAAUGGUUUUUCAUGUUUAGAAUAUUUAGUUGGUGGAGGCCCAUAGUAGUCAUAUAUAGGAGGUGGAGCGAUUUCAGCAUGAUCUUUAUCAGAUAUCCUUUCUUCUGAUUUGUUUUGAUUGUUUUUACCACCAUUAUUAUCAUCGUCUAAUUCAUUUAUUAUGGGACUUGGCUCUUGACUUUUAACAAAAUUCCGAUAUUUUACUUUUUCAUUUUUCUUACUAGUUGAAAAAUAAAGUCCUUUUUCUUCGUUCACAUAAUUAAUGUCCGGUGGUGAUGGCGAUUUUUUGCGCCUUACAUCAGCCCAUGUCUUUUUGACUGGAGCUUUAGUCUGUGCAUCAACUAAAUUUCCUUUAUCAUCAAAUAUAAAUUGAGAUUUCGAAGCAGUUGAAGUCUGUGGUGGCGCAAAUUCAUCUAUCCGUUUGUCUCUUUGCUGUUCCACAUAUUCUUCUUGUGUCAUUUCUCUGAAUUUCUUUACUUUUUCCUCAACGCCUUCUUUACCAAUAUCCCAGUCCCGAACGUAAGCUUCGCGUAAUUUCUGCCGUUCCUUUUCUUUUUCUUCUUUUAUUCUUCUUUCCUCUUCCGUUGCUUUCGCAUCCGCUUCUUCUUUGUGUUGCGUUAGGUAUUCCAGUAAACAAGUUGCAAAAUCUUUUGGUUUUUCUGAAAAAGUAAUUCAGUAUUUUAAUUUACCUGAUCAUAAUUUAUCUUAAUAUUGUCUAAUAUAGUAAUAGCUUUAUUUUUUGUUUCAAUAUUUGUUAUCAAUGUACCUACUUAGCGAAUAACAGUUUUGAAUCUGUGAAUUAUGUAGAAAAUAUAGAUGACACCUGUGUAUAUGAACCUAGCACGCCUUGCCCCUAGGGCGUUGGGAGCAUAAGUGAAGCGAUACCCACCUGCAGGUUCAUCCUCCGGCGGCAGCCCCUUGCGGGCGCGCUGCCGGGCGCGCGCCGCCGCCAGCCGCGCGGCCGCCAGCUGCUGUCGCUGCGCGCGCGCCUGCUCCGACUCCUGCUGCGCCCGCAACGUCUCCUGCCGGCGCUUCAUCAGCUCCUCCAUCUGCUUCCGGCGCUCCGCCUCGUCCGUACUGAACGAGUAGUAGCCCACGCCGUGGAUGCGAGCCUCUGUACGAUUGUUAUCGAGUUAAAGCCUAGUGCGAAUGGUGCGAGUGCCUAGAUUAUAUUACCCUAUCGAUCUGUUUGCCGUUCCACUUUAGCUUUAAUUUUUAUUUUAAAUUGAAAUUCCCGAGGGUCGAUUUCAAGAGUCGCACUGUACUGUAUACAUGUAUCCACUGCAUGUACAGUACAUUGCGAAAAGCAAUAAAUGAUUUGAAUUGAAUUAAAAGAAGACACAAACAGGAAGGCCAGCAGCGAGAUGGGUAGAUUACAUCAUCAUACGUGGAUUAGGUUAACACAGGAUAGAGAAGGUUGGUGUAAAAGAGAGGCUUAUAUUGUAUUGUAAGAUGAUGAUUAUGUAAGGAUAGUCAAUAGUUGUAAGAACAAAUUAGAAAAUAUCUCGAAACUUCUAGACACUCUUUGUGUUAUAAAAUGCCAUUUUGGUAGCAUAUUCAACCUUUGGAGACCCAGAUUACAUUAUACAUAUUAUAUAAUAUCUCACAAUUACUGUUUAUUUUCUGUUAUAUUUCUAAAAUAAAAUUUAUUUAUUUAUA